AUGUCUUUCUCGUCGCAUGCUCUCGCGGGCUUCAUGGGCGGAGCAUCAACCUUCGCAACUGCCGGCAAGGGACUGGUUGAUAAGUAUAACAAAGGCAAGAAACCCGCCCAGCAAGUCGUACCGUACGAUUCGGUGGGAUCUGGCGCCGGAAUCACCGGCUUCAACGGCGGCACCUACCAGAUUGCUGUCUCCGACGACCCCAUGACUGCCACGCAGGAGGGUAGCGCUCCCGCCAAGAUCACCGUUCCCCUCUGCGUCUCCACUUUCAGCUUCUUCGUGAACGGCGCCCCGGGCGUCGUGCUGACUGCGGCGCAGACGUAUUCCAUGUACAAGGGUGACAUCACUGCCUGGUCGUUCAUUCCCGCCGCCAAGGGCAAGGUCGCGGGUGCCAUCACCCGCGUGGCGCGCAGCGACAAGUCUGGAUCCACGGCGAUCGUGAAGACGAUGUGGAGCAAGGCUUUGGGCGCCACGUACACCGAGAACACGGACGGCACUGCCAUGACCUAUGGCGGCCUCACCAAGGUGGACGGUACGUCGGGCAUGUGCACUGCGAUCGCCACCACCAAGGGCGCCAUUGGCUACGCGUUCACCGGAGCGUGUGCCGCGCGUUUCGUCGUCUCUCUGAAGAACGCUAACGGUGUGGCUGUGAAGCCCCCUGCUUGGAACCCCGCCCUCGCCAUCCCCGCCACCCCUCCCGCCGCACCCGACGCGUCGUGGGCCAGUGUUGACUUCGUGUGGAAGGCCGGAGUUAAGACCCCUCCCAUGGUGUCCAUGGAGUUUGCCUUCAUCAGGAAGGUGCCCACCAACGCGGUCGCGAAGACGUUCAUGCUGUAUAUGAUUAGUUCUCUUUCCAAGGGUGGCUAUGGGUUCAACCCGACUCCUAAGGCUUGGAUCACUCCGUCCUUCAACAUGGUGAAGGCUAUUAAGUAA